UAAUCAUCAGUGAAUUUAGUUACUGCGAGGUAUUCAACACGUAAACUGUUUAACAUCAACUAGUUACUUUCGAAUUUGUGUGUAGGCUUUUGGGAAACAGCAAAUUCAAAUAGAAUGACUGAAAAAUUGGAUGCAAUCAUUUUCGGCGCCACCGGUUUUGCUGGCCAAACUGCGGUUGAAAAUGCGCUGGAAGUAUUUCAUGGACUGAGAUGGGGCAUCGCAGGCAGGAAUUUGGCUAAAUUGGAAAAUGUAUUGAAAAAACUUAGCCAGAAAAUUGACAAGGAUCUAAGUUAUGUGUCCAUCACUUUGGCGGAUGUUGAAGAUGAAAAUUCAAUCAAAGAAAUGGCGAAGAAGUGCAAGGUCCUCGUCAACUUUUGCGGCCCAUAUUAUACCUAUGGCGAAGUGGUGGUAAAGGCCUGCAUUGAUGUUGGCACUCAUUAUGUGGACAUUAGUGCUGAGCCACAGUUUAUCGAUCGUAUGGCCUUGAAAUAUCAUGAUUUGGCCAAGGCGUCCCAUACCUUUGUGAUAUCUGCUUGCGGAUUUAACAGCGUGGCCGCCGAAAUGGGUGUGGUAUAUGCCGAGCGUAAUUUUCCAGGUACCGUUAACUCUAUUGAAACCUACUGGGAGAAUACCGUUGAUUUCAAAGAUCAGCACUCAAAAGCAUUGUUACAUACCGGUACUUGGCAGAGUGCCAUACAAAUAAUAAGCCAUGCUAAGGAACUUUUGGCAAUCAAAAAUCAGAUGAAACCGAAAGAUUAUCCCGACUUGAAACCGGUUUUGAGAGUGUGCCCUUAUCCACACAAAGUGCCACCGCUGAACAAUUACUUCAUACCUUUGAUGUCCGGAGAUCACGAUACCGUUUUGAAUACGCAACGUUUAUGGUUUGAGAACGAGAAAAAGCGUCCCAUUCAGUAUGAAAACUAUAUUGGUUUCAAAUCGUUGCUCUACGCCAUCGCAGCACCCGUUUUUGCUAUCUUAAUCGCUCUACUGUGCCAAUUUUGUUUCACACGCAAACUGCUGCUAAAGUUUCCGCAAAUUUUCAGUCUUGGUCUUAUAUCACCGGAGGGUCCUACUGAGGCCAAUAUGAAUUCUCACUAUUUCCAAAUGUAUUUCAAAAUCAAAGGCUGGGCCAAAGGAAAAUCACUUGGUGAGAAACCCAAACAGCAGUUAUGGACUUGCGCAUCUGGUUAUAAUCCUUUCUAUGCUACGACUGGUGUGACUGCGUUAGCCGGAGCGAAGAUAAUGUUGCAGGAAUUGGAGAAGUUGCCUGGAAGGGGUGGUGUUAUCUCACCUGGCUACGCCUUUUCUAAAACUAGUAUAAUCGAGGAUUUGCAGAAGUUCAGAUAUGGCAUUAAAUAUGAAGUGGUAAAACCGGGGCAGUAACUAUUUAAAUGAUUUAUGUUAAAUUUGACUCAGAAAUAUUUCUUUACUUUUCAUAAUUAGAUGGGUUAGAUGAUAACAUUUUAACUUUUGUAAUGAGAAAAAAAAACAAGAACAAAAACAACAGUAAUAAGAUAGAUAAUUUUUUGUAUUUUAUAUUUUCGAAAUUAAAUCGUUU